UUCUAUUGACGUUAAUCUUUAUAUACCAGGAAGAAGUAGCCUACUCGGAUAUUAAUGCUACGGGAACGUUGAAACGGUUAGAUUUUUAUCUCCAGGACCAGUAAAAGGAAACCAUUGAAAACUAGCCUAUCACAUAUGUCAAGGAGCCAAAAUGGUGAACUGCUGUGGAUUGGUAACUGUCAAGAAUGAACCAGUGCCUCUUAAGAGUAUUGCUGUGGAAGUGAGUGUGCAGGGGCAUGUGGCCACUGUGAGCUCCACUCUGCAGUAUGAGAACCAGGAGCAGAGUCCUCUGGAGGCCAUCUUUGUUUUCCCUCUGCCGGGAGAGGCUGCUGUCUGCAGGUUCAGCGCAAAGAUAGGACAGACUGAGGUGGUGGCUGAGGUUCAGGAGAAACAGAAGGCACAGGAGCAGUAUGAUGAUGCAUUGAGUUCGGGCCAGCAGGCUUUCCUAUUGGAGGAGAGUGAUGAGAGCCCGGACGUGUUCAAGCUGAGUGUGGGCAGUCUGCCUCCAGGGGAGAAGGCCUCUGUCAGCCUGGACUAUGUGACAGAGCUGGCUGUACAGGCUGACGACGGCCUGAGGCUCUGCCUGCCCGCCGUGCUCAACCCCCGUUACCAACCCCAGGGGUCAGACAGUGGUAGUGCUGGCAGUGCCCAGGUGUCCUCGGUGCCCGCUGGUUCUGUCCCCUACAGUCUGUCCCUCCGUGCCCAUGUGUCGUCCCCUCAUCCCAUCUCUGGAGUAGAGUCCAACUGUCCCCUGGACCCACUCAACUACCUCAACACAGAGAAAACCCAAGCCACGGUCAGUCUGGCUGCAGGUCAUCAGUUUGACCGGGAUGUUGAGCUGUUGUUGUAUUACCAAGACACCCAUCAGCCUACUGCUAUAGUAGAGGCAGCACAGGCUUCUGCCAAGCCAGGCUCUCUGAUGGGUGACCCAGUGGUCAUGCUGAGCUUGUACCCAGAGUUCCCCAAGGAUGUGAUGUCAUCUAUGACCUCACACGGGGAGUUCCUGUUCGUAGUGGAUCGCUCCGGCAGCAUGGAAUGCCCCAUGCACCUUGGGUCUGGGUCACAGGACCGUAUUAGCAGUGCCAGGGAAACUCUGCUGCUCUUGCUGAAAAGCCUGCCCAUGGGCUGCUACUUCAACAUCAUCGGCUUUGGGUCCAGUUAUGAGUCCUUCUUUCCUAAGAGUGUGGAGUACAGCCAGAAGACUAUGGAUGAGGCUCUGCAGAAGGUGAAAGAAAUGAGGGCUGACCUGGGAGGUACAGAGAUCCUCCAGCCUUUAAAACAUAUCUACAGCCAGCCCUGCCUCCCCGACCAGCCCAGACAGCUCUUCUUGUUCACUGACGGUGAGGUGGGGAACACCAAGGAAGUCCUGGAUCUGGUGAAGACGAAUGCCGGUUCUCACAGGUGUUUCUCCUUUGGGAUCGGGGAGGGGGCCAGCACUGCUCUCAUUUCUGGGGUGGCCAAGCAGGCCAGAGGGCACGCACAGUUUAUCACAGGACAGGACAGGAUGCAGCCCAAAGUGAUGCAGUCUCUCCGGUUUGCCCUGCAGCCAGCUGUGGUGGACAUCUCAGUCAAGUGGAAUGUCCCAAAGGAGGUGUCUGUCACCCCUCUGUCUCCACCAAUCGGAGUGAUCUUCCAGGGCCAAAGGGCACUUCUGUAUGCCCAGCUCACUGGGAAGAGCUCGGGGGACACAGAGGGCUCGGUGACAGUGAAGUACAGCCUGGCCAAGCAGCCUGUUGAGAACCAGCUGAGCUUCAGUCUUAAGCCUACAGAGGACACUGGAAUGACCGUCCACAGGCUGGGUGCUCGAACCCUAAUCCAAUCCCUGGAGGUGGAAGAGAGGGAGCAGGAUGGUGAGAAGGAGGGAGCGAAAGAGAAGGUGAUAGAGCUCAGCGUCCAAUCAGGAGUGAGCAGUGCCUUUACUGCCUUCAUCGCUGUCCACAAAGGAGAUGGAGAGGCCCUGCAAGGACAGCUGCUACACAGACAUGUCCCCACACCAAUGUUGUAUCACAGCUCCACGUACAUCAAGCAGUCGUGUUUUAUGGCUCGGUGCAGCCCCCUGAUGAUGGCGAGUAGUCUGCUGAUGAGUCCCCAAGGCAAGUUAAAGUUGAGCAAAAAGAGUAAAUGUACAGAUUUGGAUGAUUUAGAAGUAUUCGGCUAUGACGACAUCUGUUGUGAAGACUUUGACUCUCCAGCCCCAACCUCUAAGCCUGUGAGGGACCCUCUCCUCCAGCUGAUCUCCCUUCAGAAGGCCUCUGGUUCCUGGGUCCUAGAGGCAGCAUUGGCUGAGGUGCUGGUGAAGACAGAGGAGGAGGUGUCCAAGCCAAAGCCUGCACAGGUGGACCAGGAGGUGUGGGCCACGGUUCUAGCCCUGGUAUGGCUCUAUGGUUUCAAGAUGGAGACUCAGGAGGAGUGGCAGUUUCUGGCCAUGAAGGCAGUAUCAUGGAUCCAGGCUCAGAAAGUGGCCAGUGUGUCUGAGUGUGUCCAGGCUGGAAACACCCUUCUGGGUUGCCAAGUGCAGAAAGACACCCUGGGGCUCUGACAUGUUCACCCUCCCAGUCCUCAAUCUGUCCCCCAUACGCCUGCUACUCUACCUGGGGUGAGAUUUUCACACAACCCUGCCUGUUCCUAGCCCCCUACUCCAAGCAAACCGGUGGAGCUAGCAACUGUAUCUGCCUAAACAAGCCUAAUUAUCAACAUCUUGCCUAUAUCAGCCGAUUGUCAUUUACUGUUGGGACACUUAUGUAUCUCAAUGUAUUGGUUGUUAUUAACAUAUCACCAUUCAUCUACGUGCUACGUAUAAAGCUAAACUUGUUUAGACUUUGCUUUGGUUAUCAAUUCCAUAUAGACUACUGGAAACAAUGUGUAUGCAGUACUUGUCAUCACUAACCAAAAUGCUUGGUAAAAGGCCUUAUUAUUGUAUGUAUGCAUUAUCCACGUAUAUGAGGCCAAAUGCAUGCAGGGAGAAGUUGUGGAUAAUAUGAAAAGCCAGAUGAGUGCCUAUCCCAGUGCCUUUACUGUGUGAUCAUGUAACACUGUCUCUGUAUUCAUGUAAUUCCUCAUAUACAUUACCGUUCAAAAAUUUGGGGUCACUUAAAUAUUUUCUUAUUUUUUAAAAGAAAAGCACAUUUUUGUCCAUUUAAAUAACAUCAAAUUGAUCAGAAAUACACUGGAAUAACACAUGGAAUCAUCUAGUUACCAUAAAAGUGUUAAACAAAUCACAAUGUGAGAUUCUUCAAAGUAGCCACCCUUUGCCUUGAUGACAACUUUGCAAACUCUUGGCAUUCUCUAAACCAGCUUCACCUGGAAUGCUUUUCCAACAGUCUUGAAGGACUUCUCACAUAUGCUGAGCACUUGUUGGAUGCUUUUCCUUCACUCUGCGGUCCAACUCAUCCCAAACCAUCUCAAUUUGGUUGAGGUCUGGGGAUUUUGGAGGCCAGAUCAUCUGAUGCAGCACUCCAUCACUCUCCUCCUUGUUAAAAUAGCUCUUACACAGCCUGGCGGUCUAUUGGGUCAUUGUGCUGUUGAAAAACAAAUGAUAGUCCCACUAAGCCCAAACCAGAUGGGAUGGCAUAAACAGCCUUCUGCAGCGAUAAGUGUUUCUUAAAUUCUAAAUAAAUCAGUGUCACCAGCUGGGAAAUGACUGACAACACAGCUCUUAGCUCCCUCAGUAGAUGCCUACUGGAGAACUUAUUUGUAUUGCUUUUAAUCUUUUUAAAUGAAUUUAUCUUAUUAACACUUUGUUCUAGCUAGCUAUUUGUUUAGGUAGCUAUCAAGUAAAACCACCCCCACAUCAUAACACCUCCUCCAUGCUUUACAGUGGGAAAUACACAUGCAGAGAUCAUCCGUUCACCUACACCUCGUCUAACAAAGACAAUCCAGACCAAAGGACAAAUUUCCACCGGUCUCAUGUCCAUUGCUCGUGUUUCUUGGCCCAAGCAAGUCUCUUCUUCUCAUUGGUGUUCUUUAGUAGUGAUUUCUUUGCAGCAAUGUGACCAUGAAGGCCCGAUUCACACAGUAUCCUCUGAACAGUUGAUGUUGAGAUGUGUCUGUUACUUGAACAGUUACAAAUACACGCUUUUAUUUGGGCUGCAAUUUCUGAUGUUAACUCAAAUGAACAUAUCCUCUGCAGCAGAAGUAACUCUGGGUCUUCCAUUCCUGUGGUGGUCCUCAUGAGAGCCAGUUUCAUCAUAGUGCUUUAUGUUUUUUUGCGACUGCACCCCCCACCUUGUCACAACACAACUGAUUGGCUCAAAUGCAUUAAGAAGGAAAGAAAGUCCACAAAUUAACUUUUAACAAGGCACACCUGUUCAUUGAAAAUCAUUCCAGGUGACUACCUCAUGAAUCUGGUUGAGAGAAUGCCAAGAGUGUGCAAAGCUGUCAUCAAGGCAAAGGGUGGCGACUUUGAAGAAUCUCAAAUAUAUUUAGAUUUGUUUAACACUUUUUUUGGUUACUACAUGAUUCCAUAUCUGUUAUUUCAUAGUUUUGAUGUCUUCACUAUUAUUCUACAUUGUUGAAGAUAGUCAAAAUAAAGAAAAACCAUGAAUGAGUAGGUGUUCUAAAACUUUUGACAGGUAUCGUAUGACUUCACUUGAUAAAAAUGGAUCAUAAUCUACAUCUUUAUUGGUCAUUGUAUCUAUCUUCUUAAUGACUCCACUCUGUUCCUUCUGCAUUGAACCUACAUCAGGAGUUACCAACCCCUCCCGGGGAGCCACUGGGUGACUGGCUUUUGAACACACCUGAUUAAUAGGGUCCAUGAGGAGUGUUACAGUAGGUCCCCCCUGAUGAGGAAGAGUAGGCUAGAAGACAACUUUUAACAAACACUAUAUAGACACAAGUAUUUGUGUAUUUUCAAAUUAGCGGAUUCGGCUGUUUCAGCCACGCCUGUUGCUGGCAGUUGUAUAAAAUCGAGCAGACAGACAUGCAAUCUCCAUAGGAAAAACAUUAGCAAUAGAAUGGCCUUACUGAAGAGCUCAGUGACAUUCAAUGUGGCACCAUCAUAGGAUAGAGCUGCCUCAGUCAACCGUAAGUGCUGUUGUUGUGAAGUGGAAAUGUCUUGGAGCAGCAACAGCUCUGCCAGUAGGCCACACAAGCUCACAGAACGGAACUGGACCGCCGAGUGCUGAUGCGCUUAGCGUGUAAAAAUUGUCUGUCUUCUACUGGAACAGUCGCUACUGAAAUCCAAACUGCCACAAUGUCAGCACAAGAACUGUUCGUCGGGAGCUUCAUGAAAUGGGUUUCCAUGGCCAAGCAGCCGUACACAAGCCGAAGAGCACCAUGCACAAUGCCAAGCGUUGGCUGAAGUAGUGUAAAGCUCGCCACCAUUGGACUCUGGUGCAGUGGAAAUGCGUUCUCUGGAGUGAUGAAUCACACUUCAUCUGGCAGUCCAACCGACAAAUCUGGGUUUAGCGGAUGCCGGGAGAACCCUACCUGCCCGAAUGUAUAGCCUCGUUAUACUGCCAAAAAUUGUAUUAAACCAUCUAGUGUUCAGCGAAAUAACAACACAAUAUCAAAUACAGGUAGCCUAUUCAAAUAAUUAACAUCCAAUCACAUUAACCGUUACUCUCUCACGGGAAACCUUUACUCUUACGCAGACAUUUAGAAAUGAAACAUGACCAUUUUAAAAACAAUCCCCCCAGAGUUUUUUGCGUGAGAAAAAGACUACUUUCUAGUAGUAAGACGCAUUAAUAAGAAGGGGCUAGAAGCAUCUUAUAUGGUGAGCUACAGAGUGGCUAUGACAGGCAAGCCCCAUGCUAUUGUGUAAGACUUCAUUCUUCCUGCUGCCGCAGUUAUGGCUGGGACAAUGCUGGGGGAAAAGGCCCAAAAAACUAUACAGACCAUACCUUCAUCAAACGACAAUGUUUCACGAUGCAUCAGUGACAUGGCAGGAGAUGUUUUGAAACAAUAACUGCUUUGCAUACAAGCCAGUGAAUUAUAUGCGCUACAGCUGGAUGAGUCAACAGACCUGGCCUGGCACAGGUCCUGGUACAGGCCUGGCACAGGUCCUCGUAUAGGCCUGGCACAGGUCCUCGUAUAUGUCUGUUACGUUUAUGGGGGGUCAAUUAAGGAAGACAUUCUCUUCCGCAAACCACUGGAAACCAGGACAACAUGAGAGGAUAUUUUUAAAGUACUGGACAGGUUUGUGACAUCAAAUGGACUUUGGUGGUCAAGAUGUGUUGGUAUCUGUACUGAUGGCGCAAAAGCCAUGACAGGGAGACAUAGUGGAGUGGUAACGCGCCUGCAAGCAGUUGCUCCCGACACCACUUGGGAAUGCCUGACAGCUUGAAAAACGUUUUGAACACGACAGUGAAAAUGGUUAACUUUGUUAAAGCAAGGCCCCAGAACUCUUGUGUAUUUUCUGCAUUAUGCAAUGAUAUGGGCAGUGACCAUGUAACGCUUUUACAACAUACAGAAUUGCGCUGGUUAUCAAGGGGCAAAGUAUUGAAGUGGUGGAAGUGCAAAUUAACUGAAGCUUACGGACAAUGUAAAAUGUGAUAUAGCGAAGCACCUGAGUCAGCUGGAUGUGCAAUUACGCAGGUACUUUCCCGAAACAGACGACAUAAACAACUGGAUUUGUUAUCCCUUUCAUGCCCUGCCUCCAGUCCACUUACCCAUAUCUGAACAAGAAAGCCUAAUCGAAAUUGCAACAAGCAGUUCUGUGAAAAUUGAAUUUAAUCAGAAGCCACUGCCAGUUUUCUGGAUAGGGCUGUGCUCAGAGUAUCCUGCCUUGGCAAAUUGUGCUGUUAAGACACUGAUUCCCUUUGCAACCAUGUACCUAUGGGAGAGUGGCUUUUCGGCUCUCACUAGCAUGGAAACUAAAUACAGGCACAGACUAUGUGGAAAAUAAUUGAAGACUCUCCAAUACAACCCAACAUUGCAGAGUAAUGUGCAUAAUUUCAAGCACACCCUUCUCAUUAACCUGUGGUGACUUAUUCACAAUGUUUGAUGAUCAAAUAAGGUUUUAUAUGUAAUAUGGCUAAAUAAAGAGCAAACUUAUUGAUUAUUAUUAUUUGUGCCCUGGUCCUAUAAGAGCUCUUGGUCACUUCCCACGAGCUGGGUUGUGACAAAAACACACUAAUUCUUAGGUUUAAUAAAUGUAUCGUAUAGUGUGUGUGACAGGCUUACAAUGAUGGCAAACAAAUAUUUGAGAGUGCUAGAGGGGGUUACAGAACUAUAGAACAAUAAAACGUUUGGGAACAACUGUUCUAGAGGAUUCUGUGCUUCCAACUUUGUGGCAACAGUUUGUGGAAGGCCCUUUCCUGUUCGGCAUGACAAUGCCCCCGUGCACAAAGCAAGGUCCAAAAAGAAAUGGUUUGUCAAGAUCACUGUGGAAGAUCUUGUCUGGCAUGCACAGAUCCCUGACCUCAACCCCAUUGGGAUGAAUUGGAAAGCCGACUGCGAGCCAGUGUAACCGGUGUGAAAUGGCUAGCUAGUUAGCAGGGUGUGCGCUAAUAGCGUUUCGAUCGGUGACGUCACACGCUCUGAGCCCUUGGAAGUAGUUGUUUCCUUCCAUAGCUGGUAAAGAAAUUAUUAUAAGCCAGCUGGCUGACGAUACUACACUUUUUCUGAAAGACGCUAACCAAAUUCCCAUAUCGAUCAAUGUGAUACAAUCCUUUUCCAAAGCGUCUGGUCUAUAUCUUAACAUUAAGAAAUGUGAACUCAUGGCUGUCAAAGAUUGUGUGACACCUUCAUAUUAUGGUAUUCCAGUAAAAGAAGAACUUACAUAUUUAGGCAUAACCAUUACAAAGGAUCAGAAGUCUAGAGGCUUACUAAAUUUUAACCCUCUUUAUUAAAAAAACCCAGAAGAAACUAAAUCAAUGGCUACAGAGGGACUUAUCUUUAAAAGGUAGAGUCCUAAUAACCAAGGCUGAAGGUAUCUCUAGACUAACAUAUGGUGCUCUAUCUUUAUAUCUUGACCGUAAAAUAAGCAAGGAGAUAGACCAGAUGCUUUUCAACUUUCUUUGGAGAAACCGUACCCAUUACAUUAGGAAAACUGUUGUAAUGAACACUUAUGAGAAUGGUGGACUGAAUUUUCUGGAUUUUACUACUUUAAAUAAUACUUUCAA